CGACAAUUAUGUACUGUGUCAAGUGACAUCCUGACAUUGUGGAAUAUUGGCCAGCUGAACACUAAAUACUCACUAGUCUCAAGUUCAUUAAGGCUUCCUCCAGCUGAUGGCAGUCCAGAAGACGAUGAAUUUGAAGAUUUGGGGCCAUCUGUUAGUCGUAUGAGCUAUCCUGAAGGAUAUAGAAUAACUAAAGCAGCUAUUGCUGGAUUAAUUGGAGAGACUGCCAAGGAUUAUGAGCCAGGCGAGAAGAAGGAGAGGUGUCAGCCAAUAAGCCACUGCUGGACAGCGGACAGUAAAUUGUACUGUGGCUGUAAAGAUGGCCAGGUCAUCUGUGUUGACACUGAAACUAAUCGAGUUACCAUUGUAUUGAACCCAAGUGCUCAGGAAUCACAACGGGACAGAACAGAUACAUUAUCCCUGUUGCGGAAGACAACUAUGGAAUCUAUCGUGGAAACUGAAGAAGAGCAAAGUGAAGUACCCGAUAAUGAAGAAAAGCCCAAGGGAACAGAUGCAGCUCAUGUAGGACAGGGCUCAGCAGAUUGUCUAGCCUUGCACAAGAAAGGACUUUAUGUAGCUGGCCAGAAUGGAGUAUUACAGUGCUUGGACAUAUCAAGCCCUGAACCUAGAGUCCUGGAACAGAUUGACAUUGGUUGUUCUGUGACUAGUCUUAACUGGUCACCAAACUAUCGUACAAUGGCUCUUGGCAGCUCUAAGGGGUCUGUUCAUCUGUAUGAUUCUGAAGGAUCUGUGACAGAUUUGUUUGAUGUUCAUAAUGCUGAGUUUGUUGGUGUUGAUUGUCUAACGGCAGGAACUCAGUACUGUGUGAGCUGUAAAGCAGAUGGUCUCUUACAGGUAUGGGACAUACAAACUAGCAACCUUGUCAGCAAAAUCAACUUGGAUUGUCAGGCGUCAUGUAUGCAGUGCAGUCCGUCCUCUAGCACAGUGGCGGUUGGUUGCAUGACUGGCCAUGUGUACUUUGUAGAGAUGACUGAUGUUGAGAAGCCACGGCUUAUUUACAGGAGUCAUCUUCACCAUGGGCCUGUUCUACAGCUAAGCUAUGACUGGAGUGGUCAGAUGUAUGUGACAGGCUCCAAUGAUGGCCAUGUGUUUGUGUGCGAUGCAAGAGUCAGCAACAAUUUCAAAGUUCUUGGACAUUUAGAUGUGAAAGGCACAGUGUGCUCAAUAGCUACUCUAAAUGCUCGUGAAAAAGAUGGCCAGGGACCUUGGAAGAUUGCAGUGGCAUACCGUACAAGUCAUAACAAACCAUUUGCAACAAAACUACUAGAAUUUGAAGUCACCACAGACAUUUUGAAUGGAGCCAAGGAAGCGUUUUUGAACAGGAAUCUUCUGUACAGAGAUGAAGUGGUGAAGAAGUGCAUUCAUGACUUGGCAUCUCCAUGUUACAGUCUAGUGCUAACAAGUCCACAAACAGCUUUAACAGUGGCACAUGCCAGAAAGGAAAUGGUCAAACUAACACUUACAGGAGAAGACAAGGGUGUUCCACCGGAUUCCAAACUGCAGCCAUCUGGUUCAUACCCUGGUCAUGAGCUGCAUGGUGGGCUGGUUACCUUGUCUCCGCAUUUAAGGUGGCUCGCCAGCUGUUCACCUGAUGGAAAACUUCUACUCAGAGCUGUUGGUGCAUUGGACCGUACAUUGCGUAUCUCAGCGCAUCAUUACAAGCGAGGUGGAGCAACUCACAUGUGUUUCACUGGUGACUCACAGCGACUACUCAGUACAGGGGCUGAUGGAGUGCUGGCCUGCUGGGUGUGGAACUUCACAUCAACAGGUAAAGGCAAGGCCGCCGCGGCUAUCGAUGCUGCGCGUGCGCGCGCCUCACUGCUGACCACCAUACGAAAAGAUGAGGACAGUCUGGCGGCUCAGCGAGGAGACUACGUGCCUAGACCUCUCUCGCCAGUUGAGAAGGCGAAUACUGAAGCGAGCGAAAAACAACAGAAGGUGGUAAAGGACGGUAUUUACACCACCCCUACCCCAACCCCCUCGGAGGAUGCUACUUGGCUUGAGAGGGCUGUUAGUGAGACCCAACGUGAAGAGGCGAAAAAGUUCGCUGAAAUAAAGCGGAAGUUACGUCAGGAGAUACAAGAAUUACGUCAUACUGUGCUACAGAUGAUGAACGACAACCAACAAGCACCGGAAAUAGAGAGACUCGACAGACACGAGUACAACUUAGAUGUGGAUCAGCGGCAGAAACUGGUUUUGGAAGGAGAAGAGAAAAUUAAACAGGUCCGUGAGGACAUAGGCCUGGCUAAUCUUGCCAACCAGUACUUACGAGACAUGAUCAAGAAAGAAUGCUGGGACGCCAUGGUUGUCAAGGGACGGUCAGUCAAUGCCUUUCAUCUUCCUUUGUCAGUGUCCAACUACCCGAUGAAGGAGAGAACCAAAGCUGAACUGGACGAGAUUCAAUAUGUCAGUAACCAGAGGAAGAUUGAACAGGCCGAGUGUGAGGCUAGGAAAGAUGUAGUGUCUGGUCCGACUUCAGCCAGGAACACACCUCUUGUUGAUGAACGUCACGAGUUUGAGGACGAGGAUGCCCUGGCUGAGGAUGAAGAAGAGAAGACUGGUGAUAACCCUGCUACAUCCGGGAGUCGUGGCCCCGCGUACGGCGGUGGGAAUGAGCUUUUUCAGAGUCAGUUCCAGCUCCACACGGUCCAGCAGAAACUCAAUCAGAUUGUUCUGUUGCAGGAGACAGGAGCCAAGGAAGCGUUUUUGAACAGGAAUCUUCUGUACAGAGAUGAAGUGGUGAAGAAGUGCAUUCAUGACUUGGCAUCUCCAUGUUACAGUCUAGUGCUAACAAGUCCACAAACAGCUUUAACAGUGGCACAUGCCAGAAAGGAAAUGGUCAAACUAACACUUACAGGAGAAGACAAGGGUGUUCCACCGGAUUCCAAACUGCAGCCAUCUGGUUCAUACCCUGGUCAUGAGCUGCAUGGUGGGCUGGUUACCUUGUCUCCGCAUUUAAGGUGGCUCGCCAGCUGUUCACCUGAUGGAAAACUUCUACUCAGAGCUGUUGGUGCAUUGGACCGUACAUUGCGUAUCUCAGCGCAUCAUUACAAGCGAGGUGGAGCAACUCACAUGUGUUUCACUGGUGACUCACAGCGACUACUCAGUACAGGGGCUGAUGGAGUGCUGGCCUGCUGGGUGUGGAACUUCACAUCAACAGGUAAAGGCAAGGCCGCCGCGGCUAUCGAUGCUGCGCGUGCGCGCGCCUCACUGCUGACCACCAUACGAAAAGAUGAGGACAGUCUGGCGGCUCAGCGAGGAGACUACGUGCCUAGACCUCUCUCGCCAGUUGAGAAGGCGAAUACUGAAGCGAGCGAAAAACAACAGAAGGUGGUAAAGGACGGUAUUUACACCACCCCUACCCCAACCCCCUCGGAGGAUGCUACUUGGCUUGAGAGGGCUGUUAGUGAGACCCAACGUGAAGAGGCGAAAAAGUUCGCUGAAAUAAAGCGGAAGUUACGUCAGGAGAUACAAGAAUUACGUCAUACUGUGCUACAGAUGAUGAACGACAACCAACAAGCACCGGAAAUAGAGAGACUCGACAGACACGAGUACAACUUAGAUGUGGAUCAGCGGCAGAAACUGGUUUUGGAAGGAGAAGAGAAAAUUAAACAGGUCCGUGAGGACAUAGGCCUGGCUAAUCUUGCCAACCAGUACUUACGAGACAUGAUCAAGAAAGAAUGCUGGGACGCCAUGGUUGUCAAGGGACGGUCAGUCAAUGCCUUUCAUCUUCCUUUGUCAGUGUCCAACUACCCGAUGAAGGAGAGAACCAAAGCUGAACUGGACGAGAUUCAAUAUGUCAGUAACCAGAGGAAGAUUGAACAGGCCGAGUGUGAGGCUAGGAAAGAUGUAGUGUCUGGUCCGACUUCAGCCAGGAACACACCUCUUGUUGAUGAACGUCACGAGUUUGAGGACGAGGAUGCCCUGGCUGAGGAUGAAGAAGAGAAGACUGGUGAUAACCCUGCUACAUCCGGGAGUCGUGGCCCCGCGUACGGCGGUGGGAAUGAGCUUUUUCAGAGUCAGUUCCAGCUCCACACGGUCCAGCAGAAACUCAAUCAGAUUGUUCUGUUGCAGGACGCCAUUCAUAGAAUCAAGGUGGCUUUUAACAAGGAGUUUGACGAAGUCUUCAAACAGAAAGAAGCUGAAAUUAAAAGAGUCAAGGAAAAGAACGACAGGAUAAGAAAGAUUCUAGGUGACCUGGAGAUCGACGAGAACGUGUUUGAACCUGACAUGAGCGUAGAUGAGAAACCUGAACUGCUUUUAGAGGUGAAGAAUGAUGAAGUACCAUUUGAAAAGUACAUCAGUCCUGAAGAGAAGCUAAGACUUGACGAACAGGCCAAGAUUGAAGAAGAGCGGCGCCUGGCAGAGAAAGGUGACAACGCACGGGAGCGGGCGUUGAUGAUGAUGAUGCAGGGAAGGCUGGAAGCCAACCCUGAAGAUGAGCUCAAGAAGGAUCUGGUACCACCCGAGUUCAUAACAAACAAGCCGCUAGAGGAAUGGAGCGAGGAGGAGCAGAAGGCCGCCAAGGACUUCGAGAAGAAAAAGCAACAGCUACAGGAGGACCGAGAGAAGUACCGCAAGUCACUGGAGACUGAGCUCAAGAAACUCCAGAGUGGAAUCACUGAUGCCACCGCCUCAUUUGACGAGAAACUGAGCCAGCUGUUUCAGAGGAAAGUCAAGACUGAAAUGGUUAUUUACCAGGAGGAUCUCAAGAUCCUUCGUUUGAUGGUGUCAGUGUUGACUGAAGCAGAGCUGGAGCAUCAGGAGGCAGAGCUCACCCGGCGGAUGAACGAGACGAGAGAAAAGAAGACACAGACAGCAGGUGCCCUGGCUGAAGCCAAGCGUGAGGUGGAUCACUUCCGUGACUCCUACGAGAUCGUGUUAGCUGAAGACAAGGCGCUGGAUAAAGCGUUCAAGAAGGAGUUUGCAGACCAGGAUGUGCACACAGUGGAACAGUUAUAUAAACUGUUCAAACGGAGGCCAAGAGGACAGAAACAACUCAAGGCUGCCACAGAAUCACACGGGGAACUUCCAGAGAGUGGAAGCCCAUUUGGUCCCAGGCCUUCCUCCUCGCGCACUAAUUCAGUCGCUAUGAGGAGCCUGGAGCGAGCAAUGGACGAAUUAGAUGAUGAACAGCACAUGCCUGAGGGGGUAGAGUCUGCUGUCUGGCAAAGACUGGUGCAAGCUAGGAGACAGAAAGUCGAGAGCGAGCAACAAGUUAAAGCUAAGGCGUUGAUUUUAGCUGAAAUGAAUUCGUUUAUGCAAAGAAGAACAGAAGAGGAUGAAAAAGUCAACGGAGAGCUGGAACACACUCUGCAGGAACUACAGAGGUUGCGAGAUGAGAAAAUGAAGUUUCAUAUCAACUUGGAAGUACAGCUGUUGCUCAAACAAGGACAGGUGGAGGUGUCCCCAGGCCCUUUCAUCACUGACUAUACAGACAGUGCUUUGAUUCACCGCUCAGUUGUGGAGGAUCUUAACGCUCAAAUCACGACCCUCGGGAAAGGAAAGAUUGCCACCAUGGAAGACAGUAAAGAGUUCAGGAAAGGAAUUCAUCGAUUGGAAUGGGAACAUAAAAAGAUGGACAUGCAGUCAGAAGACCUCCAGGCCAAGAUUCGUGACAUUCAGUUACUGAGAGUCACUAAGGAGCUGCAACAGUUUCUCUCUGAAGGAGAUCAACAAGCCAGGCAACAGCAGGAGAUUGAGACUCUAGAGAAAACUCUUACGUUACAAGAAAAGAUGCAUCAUCGUAAUGUAAACGACCGCAAGGAAGCUAUAAAGAAUAUCAAGAGAUUGAUUCGACGCAAAGAAAAAGAAAAUGAACAGCUUGAUGCUGAUUUAGAAGAACUUGCCCUGUCGGUCGCUGAGCGAAGGAACGUGAAUGAAGCAAAUGCUGCUGGUCGGAGUGACACUGGAGCCGAGCGACGCCUGCAGGACAUUGUAGCACGGCGCAAGUUGGUAGACCUCGCCAAAGCGCAGGCGCAGGAGGUGGCAGUGCUGCGGGCAGAAGUUGAACGACUACGCAUGCGUACCUUCCCUGCUCUUGUGCAAAUUGAACAUUAAAAAUUCGAUUGAACUGUAAAUAAGGCAAAGCAAAACCCAAGGUCUGCAGUGAACGUGUAGUGUCGAAUUAACACGAACUCUGGUCGUUUUAUCAAAGCAUUUAAUUGUUCAUAUUCUGAGUGAUAUCUGUUGACAGGUACUUUCCAACUAAAAUUCAUGCCACAAAGGUGAUUGGUGGCAUUUUAAGUUUUAAUUCUGAUUGUAAACAACUCUUGUUUCCUGAUGGAAGAUGUGCAUAAUACUGCCAAAGCAGAAGUAAACUUAAAAGUGUUUUAUA